AUGGCUAAAGAAGCCGCAAUCGCCGGGCACGAUACUGCUGCUGCUCCUCUUUCGACGUUGGAAAACCAUGUGGACAGUGUGCACGAUAUCGAACAAGACUUUGGCCAACCUACCCACGAGGACAGGUUGUCAACGACAACACCCCCAGGACAAGAUUCCGAGCAUGGCCAUUCACUGGCUCGGAUACGUCCCAUCACACGGCACCGUGGCUCAUCAGUGUCGACCUUCUUCAACGGCUUGUUCAGCACUGCUAUAGCAAUCACGACCUUGGGAGCCAGCAUCACAUUCUCGUACGUCCUGUCCAACGGCACUGCUCCGCCGACGUCGAAAUCUCCAGCAUUCUCUCAAUACCAGGUCCAACAGUUCCUUGCCAUAAGUUGGCUGUUGUUUCUGCUGGCCCUGGCCUUUGCAUCACUUGGAUCCACCCUAUUGACAUUCUUCAAGAACCACUGGAUUGCGGACUGGGAUGGUGCAAACGGAGAGACGUCCCAAGUGACUGUUCAGCUGUAUGCAGUCGUCGCUAGUGGCCUUCUUGGUGGCUUGAUAAUUGGUGCUUUUGCCCUCUUGUGCCUAGUUGUGAUGGCUUUCUCUGCCGGAGUGGGAUGGGCAGCACUGUCUUUCACUGCGUUCUUUGGCCUGGUCAUCCUCUUCGCUGUAAUGCAUCAGAUACCUUGGUCGUGGAGGCGUGAAACACCAUCUACCCCGACAAAGCAUCGUUCUGCAUGA